UUUAUUUGCAUGGCCACGCCCACACGGCGCGAUAGACGCCUUUAUUUGCAUAAUCACGCCCCGGACCACACCCCCUCCUUUGGCCAGCCACGCCCCCGGAAGCGGCGCGGAGGCGGCGGGAGCACGUGGAGCGGGACCGGGCACCGGCCGCGCUGGGGCUCGGGGGAGAGCGGAGCCGGCCCGUGCGCCCGGGCACGGCGGGAAUGUGCCGGUCAGGCGCUGGCAGUCCCGAGUAUCCCCGCAGGGACAGCAGGAGUUGAUGGCGGGGAUUGCGCAUGAGGAGCCCUGCAGCACCGCGGGGCAGAGCACAUCGGGAGCGCCUUGCACCGGGAGCCCUGGCUCGGUGCCGGGGGCAGAGGUGACUCUGAUUCCCGGGAACAGAAGUGGGCCAGGCACUGGGCACGAGAAGGGCAAGCAGCGCCCGAGGCCGAGGGAUGUUUCUUCCCUUCUCCCCAGCAAUGCCCCCGCUGUCCUGCCAGCAGUGCCUGCUCCUUCACCUCCGGGGAAGCGCCUUUGCAGGGCCCUUCCUGCAGCUGCCGACUCUGACACUUGGCGAGAGUCCUGCUGCCUGCAGUUUUCCCGAUGUAACACAUCCCCUCUCCCGGGGACCCGCACCCCUGUCCCACAGCCGCAGCCCUGGGGGGACCAUCCCUGCUGCAGCUCGCUCCGAGCCCAAGGGAACGGAGAGCCGAGCCCUCGGGCCAAGCCCCAGCCGAGUUCCCGGCGUUGCCCAAGCUCCGGCUGGCACACAGACACGGCCGUGGCCGCGGCCCUGAGCACGCAGCUGCUGGCUGACCCCGGGCGAGGCCGUCCCGUCCCGCCACCGAUGGCACCAUUCCUGACAUCCACUCUGCGGCCGCCCUCCCGCGGCGUCAGCUCCAGGGCGAGGCCCGGGCUGCAGCACGGCCACGCCGCUGGCCUUGGCCCUGCACAGCUGCUCCGUGGUGUCCUGGUGGCCAAGGAGUGCUGGGAGUGCUGGGCUUGGGCUGUGGCUCAGCAGCCCCCAGGUCUCAUGGCCCUGUCCAAGCACCACUGCACCGUGCUCAUCCCAAAGGGCCGGGAUCCUGGGAACACGCCCUGCAGGGGGACAUGGAGGGUCAGGCCGAGGCUCCUCAGCCCAUUUCUGGGGUACAGGCACUGCUUAAGGGCAGGAAGAAGCAGGCAGAAGGCAGCAGUGAUGUCACACAGCAGUGAUGUCACACAGCAGUGAUGUCACACAACGAACCUGCCGGUUUCAAGAGGGAGGCAGAGCCUGGGAGCCAGGCUUUGGGAUCUCUCCAAGGAUAAUCAUACAGACAUCACCCCCAUCACUCAGCAUUCUGUGCCUGGCACAGAUGCACUUCGGGCUGCUGCAGUGCCAGCAGCUCCUGGCCCUCCCCUCCUCCCUCUGCAGACUGUGACAGUGCAUUGACCCCGGGCACUGCCAGCACACGGGGACAGCAGCGGUGGCACUGAGCACUGCCACUUCCACAGCCAGACCUGGGGACACCAGGGACCGGUGACCCUGUAGCACACACAUGGCCUGACUCCCCUCCCUCCUCGUGGCUUUGCCACAAUCCCUGGAGCCUGCCUGGCUUCCCUGGGCUGCCACUGAGCAGCAGCCACAGCCCCGAGCUUGCCAGGGCUCCCAAAACUCUAAGGCAAAGGCACGUUCCCAAAGCAGCAUGGGAUGGGUCACCGAGUCUGUGUGGAAAACCAGGAAUGUGUCCCACUGCCAGAGCUGCUAUCCCAGCUCUGGAGCUGCAAGGACCUGGAAGAUUGCUCUGGACUCUCACACGUGUGUGGGACGUUUUUAUCUCCCAGGAUAAAUGGGAUACCCCAGCAGGAGCAGCUACCAGGAGACCUCCAGGCCU